AUGUUCACCAAGUCCACGGCUCUCGUCACGGGCCUCCUGAGCCUCGCUGUCACCUCUCUGGCUAAGCCAGCGGCCGACCCAGUGCCGGGGUUCACGUCGACUUCAAAGGAGUGCCAAAUGACACCAGACUAUGGCCCAACUCUCCUCUGCGCAACUGUAAAGUAAGAAAACCCCACUGUGCGGAACAUUCUUGGGUGGUCGGAUUUUCUGAUUUUCUUUCUGCUGCUCAGAGUACCCUCCACACCCCCUCGGACGGAAUUCAUCUGCUGGCAAUACGGCGAGAACUGGUGCACCUACGCAAACAAGAUCUCCGACACGCCGGACAUUUGCAACCCGAGCACCAACCGCGCUGCGGAGUUCAAGACGGUGCCUUUCAGCGACCGGUAUGGCGUUGUCGACUUUAGCUGCUAUGUAAGUGAAGAAGAGGGGAAGUCCGAAGAGAUACGAGGCCUAUCCGCUUACAAUUUCUUUUCUUCACAUGACAGGCCAACUUCAAUGUGUACUUUUCUGGAUGCGAGAACAACGCAGAUGGAACGGUCAAUUACGACAACCUCCGUGCGAACUUCGUCUCCCAGUCCCAAGGAAGUCAGUUCCCCGGUACUCACGUCGACUAUGACUGCACGUAUGUCACCGAGAACCGGGCGUGCCCUUACGAUGCCGGGUAUGGUACACAGACAGAGUGGGAAGCUCUCCUCGAGGUGAAUAGAUUCUUGGCCUCCAUUGGCUCCGAGAUCCUCUUUGCUAAUGUCGUUCUAGUGCGGUGCCAAAGGCGGUAGCUAA